AGAGAGAGAGAGAGAGAGAGAGAAAUGGCGCCUCGAUGCUGCGCUCACUGAGGCAGUGUUUGGAGCCGGCUAGGGAGAAUCAGUAAGGGCAGACAAAAGGAAAAAACAUGGUGAACACAAGGAAAAGCUCACGGCCGGGGAGCGGUCCCUACAUCUCCUCGAGGACUAGGUCGUCGUCGAGAAACGAGCGAAACUCUGAGGAACAUAAGGAGCCCAGUAGUGAUGUGAGCAGUCCCAGCAGUCCGCGGUUGGCUCCCCCCUCCAAGCGGACGCGCCGGCAGGUUGCCUCCGAGCCCAGCUCCAGUGAUACCUCCCCGUCCCCUCAGACCAAGGGCCAGAGGGUCAGCUGGGACAUUCCCACCUACCGUACCAGGUUGUCCUCUCGCAUAAUGCAAAAUGGACACGCCCAUAUGAGUCACCGGAAUGAAGAGAGCGGAGGGGGAGAUCACUCUCACAUGAAUGGCCAUGUGGAGCUGAAGAGGAGCUGCCGGGUCAAGAAGAGCCAAUUUGAACACCUCAAUCAGAGCCUGCUGUUUGACCAGCUGGUCAACAGCACUGCUGAGGCUGUCCUUCAGGAGAUGGACAACAUCAGCAGCAUCAGGCAGAACCGUGAGGUGGAGCGACUUCGCAUGUGGACCGGAGACACUGAGGAGGAAAACAUCGACAUGUAUUCCCGGGUGAAGCGCAGGAAAUCCAUGCGCAGGAGCACUUUCAGCAUGCCCACACACCACAAAGUCAUGAGCAAAACUGAGCAGGAGGAGGAAGAAGAGGAAGGGACGGAAGAUUCUCACGGUGAAGAAGAGGAGGAGGAUGCAGAGGACGACGAUGAAGAUGAUGAAGGAGAUGAAGUGGAAGAGGCGGGAGAGGAAAAUGACAGACCAUACAACUUGAGGCAGCGAAAAACGGUGCAGAGAUAUGAGGCACCACCGAUUGAGCCUGUGAACAGAAAACAGAGCAACCCCUCACUUUUUGACACCCACAGAUCCCCAGCAAGAAGAAGCCAUAUAAGAUUGUCACACUUCUCCAGAGUGAAGAAACAUGCCAUUCACAGCAGUGACACCACCUCGUCUUCUGAUGAAGAGCGAUUUGAGCGGAGAAAAAGCAAGAGUAUGACCCGGGCAAGGAACAGAUGUUUGCCCAUGAACUUGACUGCAGAAGACCUGGCUAGUGGGGUACUGCGUGAUCGGGUGAAAGUGGGUGCCAGCUUGGCUGAUGUGGAUCCCAUGAACCUUGAUAGCUCAGUGAGAUUUGACAGUGUGGGUGGCCUCAGUAAUCACAUUCAGUCACUAAAGGAGAUGGUAGUGUUCCCACUGCUUUACCCUGAGAUCUUUGAGAAGUUUAAGAUUCAGCCUCCCAGAGGGUGUUUGUUCUAUGGCCCUCCAGGGACAGGAAAGACUCUGGUAGCACGGGCGCUUGCCAAUGAGUGUAGCCACGGAGACAGGAAGGUUUCCUUCUUCAUGAGGAAAGGAGCCGACUGCCUUAGCAAGUGGGUCGGUGAAUCAGAACGCCAGCUACGCCUGCUCUUUGACCAGGCUUAUCUGAUGAGGCCAUCCAUAAUUUUCUUUGAUGAGAUUGAUGGAUUGGCUCCUGUUCGCUCCAGCAGGCAAGACCAGAUACACAGUUCUAUUGUGUCCACACUGCUGGCCUUGAUGGACGGCUUGGACAGUCGUGGGGAGAUAGUGGUCAUUGGUGCUACAAACAGACUUGACUCUAUCGACCCGGCACUCAGGAGGCCUGGACGCUUUGACCGGGAGUUUCUGUUCAACCUGCCUGACAAGAAGGCCAGAAAGCACAUCUUGGAGAUUCACACACGGGACUGGAAUCCCAAAUUGGCUGAGCCAUUUGUAGAUGAACUUGCAGAAAAAUGUGUCGGCUACUGCGGUGCUGACAUCAAAGCACUUUGCACAGAGACAGCCUUGGUCGCGUUGCGCCGCCGCUACCCCCAGAUCUACGGCAGCAGUGUCAAACUGAAACUGGAUGUCACCUCCAUAGUCCUGGGGCCUGGCGACUUCAGCAAGGCCAUGAGGACAAUCGUCCCUGCCUCCCAAAGGGCCCUGGCUCCCCCGGGCCGAGCCCUGUCCCCCACCCUCAGGCCCCUGUUGGCCAGCCCUUUCUCCUUGGUGCUGAAAGCUCUGCUCCGAGUCUUCCCCCAUGCUCAGUGUACUGACAGGGACAACACACAUGGCGGUGACAAUCAACUGCUUGAAGAGGACUUGUACAGCGACGAUGACAAUGAGGAAGGCUCUUCUUCCAUCUAUGAAGUCCAGCCUGCUGCAUCCCCAAAGAGUCAGCUCUCCUCUUCAGCAAUGCACAGACCCUUCCUCCAUUUCUCCUUCUCUGCUCUCCAACACCCCACAGCAUACCGGCCUCGUCUGCUCCUGGCCGGGGCCCCGGGCUCAGGACAGAGCUCCCACUUGGCCCCUGCCUUGCUGCACCACCUGGACAAGCUGCCAGUGCACCGUCUGGAUUUGCCCACUCUCUACUCCGUCAGCGCUAAGACGCCAGAGGAGUCCUGUGCUCAGGUUUUCCGUGAGGCCCGCCGGAGCGUGCCCAGUGUGGUCUUCAUGCCGCAUGUCUCAGAGUGGUGGGAGACAGUUAGUGACACUGUGAAGAGCACCUUCCUCACCUUGCUGCAUGAUGUGCCCUCUUUCAGCCCUGUCCUUAUCCUUGCUACUGCUGAGACUCACUACUCACAGCUGUCAGACGAGGUGAGAAGUAUGUUCCAGAGGACCUAUGGGGAGGUAGUGACGCUGUCCCCUCCAGGGGAAGAGGACAGGAGGAGCUUCUUCUCAGACCUGCUGCUGGUCCAAACGGCCAGGGCUCCGCCACGCCUCAGGAAUACAGAGAGAUGUAAAGAGGUACUGCCAGUGGCUGAGGCUCCAGGCCCCAGAGUCCUGUCAGCAGAGGAACAGCGCCGCCUGGCUGAACAGGAGGAGAGCACACUACGGGAGCUCCGGCUCUUUCUCAGGGACGUGACCAAGCGCCUGGCCACUGACAAACGUUUUAACAUCUUCAGCAAGCCAGUUGACAUUGAGGAGGUGUCAGACUACCUGGAGGUUAUUCGGCAGCCUAUGGACCUGUCGACUGUCAUGACCAAGAUUGACACCCACCAGUACCUGACAGUGAAAGACUUCCUGGUUGACAUUGACCUCAUCUGCAGUAAUGCUUUAGAGUAUAAUCCUGACAAGGAUCCUGGAGACAAGGUGAUCAGGCACCGAGCAUGCAGUUUAAAGGACACUGCCCAUGCUAUAUUUGCCUCUGAGCUGGACCCCGAGUUCGACCGCAUGUGUGAAGAGAUCAAGGAGGUGCAUAGGAAGAGGGACCUCCAGACGCCAGCUCAGCUGACGGCAGCUCCGGGUGCUGGGGCAACCAGAAAGCAUCACACUGCAGGAGAGGAGCAGGCCAGGAGCAGCACUCAAGGGGAGGCCACUUACAAACAGUGCACCACUAAUCAUAUAAAGCGGAAGAUUCGGCGGCGGCCAUCUUGGGGGCGGGGCAUCAUUCGUAAGAAGAAGAACUAUAAGAAAGGAACAGAAGAGGAGGAGGAGGAGCCCGAGGCAGAAGUGGAAGCUGCAGGGCCCGGUGACUCGACGCAAGAUGAGGAAUCAUCCUGUGAUACCAUGGGUCCCCAGCCCAAUGGCCAUCAUCCCCAUGUCCCCUCCACAGAGGAGGAGAGCUCCAAUGAGCCCCCUGUUGCAGCUCCUGCUGAACCCCCAGAUGCCAGUGAAGCCCGAGAAGAGCCAACGCCUAAGGAAGAGGAGCCCACAGCCAAAGAGGCAGAGUCUGAAAACACAGAGAAACACACUGAGCUGCGUUGCCUUGGUGGCACUUCUCAACCCAAGGUAGAUGGGGAUAGCCAGGACAAGCCGGCUGACUUCCAGCCUUUGAUUGAAACGUCCGAGUCUUCAGAUGCUGAGGCCCAGCCUAAGCACAUAGAGGGUCUCCUAGUAUCACAAGCGGACUGUGUGAAUGGAAAUGAGUCAAUGGACAGCCUGGACUCACAGAGCCUCAAGAAGAGCAGUGUGGCUGAGAAAAUGAGUCCUCAGAGUAUGGCGGAGGACUCUAAUAAUCCAGAAGAAGAAGAGCACAAAGACAAAAAUGAGAGCGAACCAACUCAGGAGCACCCUCCCCAGGAUGGGGGGGCAGUAACAGAAAAUGUUGAGGAAGAUCAAGAUAAAGAAGGGUGUUCCAAAGCCAGGAAAUGCAAGAGGAGCCCAUCAGAGCAGCUGAAGGGGUCUGCUGAGAGGACAGAGGACGAGCCACAACCUGUCCCUCCCCAUCCUCCAGUAGUGGUUGACCACCAGCAACUUUUGGCUCUACUGGAUAUGGUGGUGAAGAAGAGUGAGGGCUACAGUGUGGAGCAGCUGGAGAGACUGUACUCCCUUCUCAGCCAGUGUAUCUACCAGCACCGCAGAGAGUACGACAAGAGCCAGCUACUAGAGGAGUUGGAGGACAGAAUUCAGCAUUUUGAUACAUUCCUGUGAGAUGGAGAAGAAUACAUAUCAGGUAGAUCCUGAACAGCCUGGGACCACAAAGACACACACAAACUGAGUAAGAGAGAAGAGAGAGAGAGAGAGAGAGAGAGAGCGUGAAGGAGCUUCUGAAUCCAGCCCUCAACACAAAAACACACGGAGAAAAAAAGAUUCUCCUCUUGCUGGGAGGGAACACGACGAGGACGAGGUUGAGGACGGAGACAUUCAAUGGUGCUAUCGUCUCAGGAACCUGGCCAGAUCCAGACCCAUUCUACACAACCAAACACCUGGAGGUGUGUCAGUCACACACGCGCACACACACCAACGGUGACGGGCAACCCUGGUGCUACUCGGGUGCUAUUCUAACUUUUAUCCAUGCUGCUCUUGGGAUUACUUCUUAACUUGGAUGACUAGCAAAACCAACAGAUCGGGUGAUGUCAUAUCUCAACCUGGCCGCUCCUCGCUGGAGCACAACACACUCACACACAAACCUGACACUUGGGUAUGCAUGCAUUUCUACAAACACACCCGAAAUGCACGCACACACACUCACACACACACCCAGAUCCUCACCAGCAGAAGUGUGAAUGCAGAGCUAGGAGAUGAGGACAGAUAAUGUUCUGAAUCACUGAACUACAUUGCUGAGCCCAUCUUGAGCCCUCGAGUGGAACGCUUCGUCAUAGGCCAGUUGUCACCACGCUAUUAUGCGGCUCAUUUUUUUUCUGCCAUUUUAGCUACUUGAUUAAUUCAAUAUCUGAGCCACUGUCAAGGAUACUCACCCAGAACAAUAGUUUACAAAGAAGUUUUAGUGGGAAUACAAACCGGUCGAGGGUUAGCGCAGCAGGACUAGAACCGUUUAUGUCCUCUACAUUACAGCGGCCAUCAGGUGCGGAAAGCUGUUAGCCCCCAUCAGUGUUCAUCAUUCGAAACAUUCGCUCAUAGACCACCUCUGACAUUCACAGUCUUAGCAGAAUGUCAUGUCCUGAAUAGUUUGUGUGGUAGCUGAGCCCCCAUCCUCACUACAUCAACAGUCUGAAUGUUUUCCCUCCCGCUCAAGCUGUGCCAGCCAGUUGAUUUUCCUACCGACACCCCAGCUGAGGAACUGGAAGCAGUACAAUUUGGAACGCGUCUAGAGUUUGCACUGCCUAGUGUGUGCCUUAUUUAAAACCUCAUAUGAAACUCUGAUAUAUUAAGCAGGAUUCUUUUUUAUUAACUUCUUGUGAAAAUAAAUAAGCUCCAAGUUGGGGUGGGUCUUAACCACUGAGGGCACAGUGACCUUCAAGCAAAAAAAUUCAAAUAAAAUCUCAAUACCGUUUGGUCAAAACAUAUCUUGGUUAUACAUCUCCAACCUCGGCCAAAAAAAAAUGUCAUUAACAACCUUCAAAAAUGUGAGGAAUAUGAAAGGAGUUUCAGAUAAUACUAACCUUCUGUGGCUGUGUCGGUGUCUGGCCAGAUACAUCUCAAGCACUUGAAACGUUGUUACGAUUUUUAAAUGUAUUCACACCCUGUUAAACCCAGACCUGUUGGGGAGGUCAGUCUCCACCUGAGCAGACGGCAGGUGUAAGAAGAGGUUGACAACACCAGCUUUUCUUCAGUUUUUCAUAUGCAAAACAUAAUGAUGCGAGUCAAAUGAUUUUAUCGUGCCAAGCGUUAUCCCACUCCCUCAAAAGGUGCUGACAUAACGGUGCCUGUUCACAGGAAUUCUGUUUUGACUAUGAAAAUGUUCUGUUAGAUGGUCCUAACAACCUAUGUAUUAUGUUGUGUAUUUGAUAAUUAUUUUUUACGUUUUUUUUUAUACAAUGCUUUGCUUGAGUUGAGAUUGUUUUGCAUUGGUUGUGAAUCCAUAAUGAACAAGGCCAUUCUAGGCAGUGCCCGUCACUAAGGUGUAUAAAGCAUUACAUGAUUUUAUUUUAUUUUUUUUGUCUCCUUUCAAUUGUGUGUACCGACUUAGUGGAUUCAUUUCCUUCUGUUUUUUUUCUCAACACCAGACAAGAGAAGCUGGAUUCUAAUCUGUGGCCAACAUAGUGUAUGUUUUCUGACUGCAGUAAAUGAAGGUAUUUACUGAAGCUUUAUAAAGGUUUUCAUGGCAUUUUCAUGGUUUGGGAAAUGCCAUGUUUUGAGCAGGUGUAGACUGGAGAAGGCCCCUUCUUUCUCUCAAAGCACUCUUGUCCAAUCCUCAAACCUCUUGGUGCAACUCUGACCCCAGCUCACCUCUGCCUUUUCUCAAAUUCUAGGUGACAAAAGCAAAGACCAUAUGCAAACUGGCAAUGACAGGUUAGCACUUGGACUACUGCAGAGAGAAAAACCAACGCUACCUCAGCUUAAUUUAUUUUAAUGCGAAAACUGUUUACUGGGUACAGCACACAGUAUUUUUCUCCCCCCCCCCCGAAAUACUGUUGUGAAAUCUACAGUACCAUCUAAGGUUCCAGAUCAGUGCAACCACGGCUGCUGCAGUAAUCCAAGAGUUGUUUAUAUCUUUCCGAUUGUUAUGCAUGUUUGCAUUUGAGCCAGAUGAUGAUUGCAUACAUUUUAAGGGUAUUUCACGGACCGUAUAUUUUAUUCUAUUAGUUUCAGUUUAAUUUCUACUGUACCUUGACAUUGAGGAGAUCAUCCUAGAUCUGCUCCUCUUUCAUAUUCUCACCCCAUACCUUGUUAGAAGCUAUAGAGAGCAAUUUCUGCCUCUUUACACAUCUAUUGCCUUUUUUUUUUUCUGAUUGUUUUUGCAGAUUUUCAUCUCAUGAUUCUAAUUAUUUAUUAUUAAACAUGUUUUACACCUAAUAUUCAGUAAAUUGUCUUUUUGUACGUUUGAAAUUUAACAAAUCGGGAAGCGUCAUGCGUCCGUUUUAACAAUUUUGCUGAAUUGCGUAGCGUUUGUGUAGCAGGUUUAUUUGGCGUGUACGGGGGAAUAAAAGGGUUUACAGGUCUCUCAGGUUCAACACGCGACAACAUGCCCUUUCAACUUUUCUUUUUAUUUAUUUCAUUGUUCUGGUGUUUUCUUCAUUAAAGUGGUUACAGACUGUGGCAUACUGGAAAAGACUAACAUAACAUUAGGACCGAAGUGAUAUUUGAAGGAAACAUAGUGUCCAUUUAGUACAUCCCAGGAAGUGAAACAGGACCAGACUAACUUUCUUUUAAUGUUUUUCACUUUGUCUCCACUUUCUGCCAAAAGAGUUAUUUUUUAUGAAUUUAAAAACACAAAUAAAAUAUGGGUAGUUAAAUGUCAUACAUUGUGAUAUUCCUUUCUUACUAUAAAUUGUAGCCAGUUUGGACUAACAACCAAUUUUUGUCUGGUAGUUGAGACUACUUAGUCCAGUAUGCAGAAGGAAAGGGUUUGUUCUAUCCUGAAUUACUUUGUUCUUCCCUAUUUUUCACAGUUUAUUUAGUCAAGACUUUCCAUAGCUUUGUCGAUUCUGUUUGUUUGUGUAUUUUAACACACCUGUUCGCAAUUGUUACUUUAGUGUAAGUUAUAUUUGAAAUGAAACAUUUACUGUAUUUCUCAAAUAAACUGCUGUGAUAUACUUGAAUAAAGGUUCAAACUGUA